GGGUAGUUAAUAUAACUACCUACCUCCUUAACUACCUCAGCCAGGCUUUCUCCCGUCCUAGUGUAGUGUUCGCUCCCUAGACGCCUAACGAACGAAAAAAAGCAAGGCCAAUCUAGCAACGACAAUGAGCAGCAGCAACAACAACAACAUUGCCACGGAGCAAAAGACCGAAGAGUCAAACUCCGAAUCGACGCAAAACGUCGAGUCCAGCCCGCCGGAGGCGUCAAACCAAGUCACGCCGCGCAAUGCCUCUCUGCAAGAAAAGUCCGAGCCGCAAGAGCGGUCCGUAAAGGGCUUCCGCUGGUUCCUAGUCUGCCUGUCCAUCUUCUCGGCGAACCUGCUCUUCGGCCUCGACAACACCAUCGCCGCGGACAUCCAGGGCGCCGUGGCCGAGACGUACCAGAACACGGGGCAGCUGGGCUGGCUGGGCGUGGGGUUUACGCUGGGCUCGGCCGCGGGGAUCCUGCCGAUCGGCAAGUCGUACGCCAUCUUCGACAACAGAUGGGUGUUCAUCGCGUGUCUGGUCAACUUCGCCGCGGCCAGCGCGCUGUGCGGCGCGGCGCCGAGCAUGAAUGCCAUGAUUGUCGGGAGGGUGUGGGCGGGGUUCGGGGGGUCCGGGAUGUAUUUGGGUACGCUGAAUAUCUCGACGGCUCUUGUGCUCCCGAAGGAACAGCCUGUUUACGUGGCGGGGACGGGGUUUAUCUACGGCGCGGGAGCUAUUCUUGGGCCGGUGGUCGGAGGUCUUCUUGCUGAUAGUCCGGCGACGUGGAGAUGGGCUUUCUAUCUCAACCUCGUCAUCUUCGGCGCCAUGUCGCCCAUCUACUUGUUCCUGGUCCCCUCCGUCCCGCGUCGGCCGGAGAUGUCGUUCCUCGAGAAGGCAAAGCUAAUGGACUGGCUUGGCAUCCUGCUCAACUCGGCCAUGUACUCCUGCUUCACGGUAGCAUUCCUUUUCGGCGGCGUCGAAUGGGCCUGGAACGACGGGCGGACUAUCACUUUAAUCGUGCUGGCUUUCGUCCUACUUAUCGCCUUCGUGCUUACGCAGAAGUUCGCUAUCCUAACCGAUAAGGUUAACAGGCUGUUCCCGUGCAGCUUUUUGCGGAAUCCGCAGCUCGUGCUUAUGUAUAUCCUUAUGUUCUGCAGCGGUUUGAGCUUGUUUGUUGCGGUUUACUAUAUCCCGUUUUACUACCUCUUCGCGCGCGGCGAGAGUGGUACUCAAGCCGCCGUCCGCUUGUUGCCUUAUAUCUGUUUCUACGUCGCAGCUAUCUUGAUCUGUGGCGCCGUUAUGGGUCGUGUUGGCUACCAUAUUGUGUGGUUCUUGCUCUCGGGGCUGUUCCUCACAGCCGGUUCGGCAGCCAUGUACACCGUGGACCCUUACACGUCAAAUGCGAAGAUCAUAGGCUUCUCAAUCCUUCUGGCAGUCGGAAUGACGGCAUCCCAAGCGCCAUACGCCAUCGGCCACUUACUAGUAGAACCGGAACUCGCAGCGGACCUAAUCCAAUACAUCAACAUCUCGCAAGGCUCGUCGCAACUAGUUGGUUUAGUUAUUGCGAGCGCGAUCUUCCAAGCAGAGGCAUUCUCCGGAAUUCGGGCAGUCUUGCCCGCGGACCGCUACACUGACGCAGAUAUCCAGGCGGCGGUUGCGGGCGCACGAAGUGAGGUGUUAACGCAAGCGUCGCCUGAGAUGCGCGCAGCUGCUAUUGCUGUCAUUGUCGAGGCCAUCGACAAGAUUUGGAUCUUGGUCAUAGUUACUUCCGCUAUAUUUACGAUAUGCUCGUUGUUCCUGACGCGCGAACGCUUCGUCAAGCCUAAAGGGCGGCACGGAGAGGACAGCGGACCUGCGAUGAUGAUCUUCUAAGAAUCCUCUCGCACGAUCCAGGGGUGGGAGUUCACAUCUGGGAUGUGUUAGACAGUCAAAUGUCCCUCCUUGUAUCAACUAACUACAGGCAUGGAGGUAGGGUUUUGGUGCCUGUAGUCUAAUAGUCACUCGUUUAAUGAUUUCUCCUAACUAGCUGGUUUAGAUAAUAGACUAGAGGGAUAUAGGCUGUCCUAAAAAGGGGUGGUGGUACUUACAGAUGAUAAUUUAGUUCGGGUUUAUACUUCUUUAGGGCCUACUAAGGCCAUGUUAAUAUAGCUGAAAAGUCUUUAUAUAUAGGUACAUAAUGUUACUCUAGA